CUGCUCCGCCGCACGAGCAAGUGAGAGUCGUGCGCGAAUUUGAAUUUCCUAGAUCUGAUUCUGAGUGAAGUCUGUCUUUUUGAACAACGAGACAAUGGCGGCCGAACAAGUUCAGUUCCAGCAGCUGCUAAAUUCGCUAUUAUCCACCGAUAAUGAUGUUCGCCAGGAGGCAGAGGAUGUCUACAACAAUUUGCCGCGCGACGUGAAAGUGACCCAUCUACUCGCUGCCAUCCACAAUGCCCAGAUGCCAGAGGAGUCGCGGCUUAUGGCCGCGGUCGUGUUGCGACGUCUUUUCACAUCGGAAUUCCUGGAGUUCUACAAAGAUCUAUCCCAAGAAGCAAAAGGACAACUACUCCAGCAAGUUCUGCUUGCCGUACAACAAGACGUAACACCAAAUUUGCGACGUAAAAUCUGUGAAGUUGUGGCUGAAGUCGCUCGGAAUCUAAUCGAUGAAGAUGGCAACAAUCAAUGGCCAGAUUUCCUUCAGUUCCUUUUCCAAUGUGCAAAUUCACAAACCGUUCAACUGCAAGAAUCAGCUCUACGUAUCUUUGCAUCAGUACCCGGAAUCUUUGGCAACCAAGAGGCUCAAUAUUUAGAUCUAAUCAAACAAAUGCUAGAAAAAAGCCUCGAUCCAAGCGCCGAUACUGACGUUCGAUUCCAAGCCGUACGAGCUGUAGGAGCGUUCAUUCUACUCCACGAAAAGGAUCAGGCAGUUCUUAAGCAUUUCCAGGACUUACUCCCACGCAUGAUUAUGAUUACAGCAGAAAGCAUUGAAGCCCAGGAUGAUCAAAACUUGUUGAAGCUUCUCAUCGACAUGACCGAAAGCUGUCCGAAAUUCUUGCGACCCCAGAUUGAAGUUAUCUUUGAAAUGUGUAUGAAGGUGUUUGCUAGCACAGAUGUAGACGAUCAAUGGCGGCAUUUGGUAUUGGAAGUUAUGGUUUCGCUAGCCGAAAACGCAGCUCCGAUGGUCCGCAAGCGGGCCGAAAAGUAUGUCGUCGCAUUGAUUCCUCUGGUUCUGCAAAUGAUGACAGAUUUGGAUGAAGAUGACGAAUGGGCGGUUUCAGACAUGAUUGCAGAGGACGACAAUAGCGACAAUAAUGUGAUUGCUGAAUCCUCCCUUGAUCGAUUGGCUUGUGGACUCGGUGGAAAGACGGUACUUCCCCAUAUUAUUAGCGCGAUACCGACUAUGUUAGCGAACCCGGAUUGGAAACAAAGACACGGAGCCUUGAUGGCUAUCUCUGCAAUUGGUGAAGGUUGCCACAAACAAAUGGAAACUAUGCUCGAUGAUAUCAUGAAUGGCAUUUUGAAUUUCUUGAGAGACCCACAUCCAAGGGUCAGGUAUGCAGCAUGUAACGCUAUUGGUCAAAUGUCAACAGAUUUUGCACCUAUUUUCGAGAAGAAAUUCCAUGAACAAGUGAUUCCGGGCUUGUUGGGUCUUUUGGACGAUGUCGAAAAUCCACGUGUACAAGCUCAUGCCGGAGCUGCUUUGGUGAAUUUCAGUGAAGAUUGUCCGAAACAUAUUUUGGUGCGAUAUUUGGACGGAAUUAUGCAAAAAUUGGAGUCAAUAUUAAGUGCAAAAUUCAAGGAGUUGGUGGAGAAAGGAAACAAGCUCGUAUUAGAGCAGGUUGUGACAACAAUCGCAUCAGUUGCCGAUGCAUGCGGCAAAGAAUUUGGUACUUACUACGAUCGUUUGGUACCGUGCCUCAAAUACAUUAUCCAAAAUGCGAACGCCGAAGAAUUGCGCAUGCUACGAGGCAAAACAAUUGAAUGCAUCAGUUUAAUUGGCUUGGCCGUUGGACGUGAUAAGUUCUUGAACGAUGCCAACGAAGUGAUGAAUUUACUCUUGAAAACUCACUCAGAAGGCGAUCUACCGGACGAUGAUCCACAAACCGCUUAUCUCAUUUCCGCGUGGGCUCGCAUGUGCAAGAUUCUAGGCAAGCAAUUCGAACAGUACUUGCCACUUGUGAUGGGACCCGUCAUGCGAACUGCUGCAAUGCGUCCUGAAGUAGCACUUUUGGACAACGAUGAAGUCGAGGAUAUUGAGGGCGAUGUCGAUUGGUCGUUCAUUAACUUGGGUGAACAGCAAAAUUUCGCCAUUCGAACAGCUGGUAUGGAAGAUAAGGCGUCUGCAUGUGAAAUGCUUGUGUGCUAUGCGCGCGAAUUGAAAGACGGUUUUGCUGAUUAUGCAGAGGAAGUUGUACGCUUGAUGGUCCCAAUGUUGAAAUUCUAUUUCCACGAUGGCGUGCGAUCAGCUGCCGCUGAAUCUCUCCCAUAUUUAUUGGACUGUGCAAAAAUCAAGGGCCCACAAUAUCUAGAGGGAAUGUGGCAAUAUAUUUGCCCUGAAUUGCUGAAAGCUAUUAGCACAGAGCCGGAAACAGACGUCCAAUCAGAAAUGUUACAUUCAUUAGCAAAAUGUAUUGAGUCAUUGGGCGCAAGUUGUUUGUCGGACGAAUCAAUGAAGGAAAUUUUGAAAAUUAUUGAGAAAUACAUGAAUGAUCAUUUCGAGAAGGCCAGCAAACGUGCAAUGGCCAGGAACGAGGAAGAUUAUGACGACGGCGUUGAAGAGAUUUUAGCUGAGGAAGACGACAAUGAUAUUUACCUACUUUCAAAGAUUGCUGACAUCGUUCAUGCAUUGUUCUUGACUACGAAAAAUAAUUUCCUCCCCUACUUCGACACCGUAUCGCCAUUGUUUAUCAAAUUAUUGGAUCCAGCAAGACCGUGGGCCGAUCGUCAGUGGGGUUUAUGUAUUUUCGAUGAUGUUAUUGAAUAUUGUGGACCACAAUGUGUACAGUAUCAGCAAAUCUUCACGCAACCCAUGCUCCAAUAUGUAACUGAUAAAUCUUCGGAAGUGCGACAAGCAGCUUGUUAUGGAUGUGGUGUUUUAGGACAGUUUGGUGGUGAACAAUUCGCUGUAACAUGUGCCCAAGCAGUCCCCAUUCUCGUCGAAGUGAUAAAUGCACCGAAAAGUCGCGAACCAGAAAACGUGAACCCAACAGAAAACGCUAUUUCUGCAGUCACCAAAAUACUCAAAUACAACAGUUCAGCCAUUCAAAAUAAAGACGAAAUAAUCAACUUAUGGCUUUCGUGGCUCCCUGUUGUUGAGGACGACGACGAAGCACCUCACGUCUACGGUUACUUGUGUGAUCUAAUCCAAACGAACCCAGCCAUCCUAGGAGUGAACAAUUCGAAUCUUCCGCGAAUUGUGAGCAUAAUUGCGACAGCUUUUCAAGUGGACGUUGUGAAACCAUUGAGUGAAGUUGGAACACGUAUGAUUGGCAUUGUGAAACAGAUUGAAGCAAAUCCAGAAGUAUUUCAAGCAUGCAUUCAACAGUUGUCCAGCGAACAGAAGCAUGGUCUUGAAGAAGCCUAUCGGGAAUUGGCCAAUCCCCCAGCAUAAACUAAAUUGAAAAUAUUAUAUAUAUAAAGGAACCCUAAAUUAAAAUACAUUAAAACAAGAUAAUUACAAAUAUAUACCUAAUAAUAAAACAUUAUUAUUACACUCACAAUUUACAACUAUCUAUUUUUUGUUGAGCUAAUUUCUUUUAUUCCAAGUAUCUCACGGCAUUUCAUACUUGUGUUCCACAUAUACAGUUGAUUAUUUUGUAAAGUCUUCCUUUUAAUUUUGUCUCGUCUGUAAGCCACCAUAGCAACCUAUAAAAACCUACACAGAAACAACGGUUUAACCUAAAGCAGACAAUUCAAAUUCGAUCCAAAUCACGUGAUGUUAGAUGAAAGUUUCUCAAGUCGCGGGAGACGCGCUCCCCCUUUGAGCAUUUGCCGUUCAAGAUGAAUUGUGAAAAUAAUAGUAAAAUUGUUUGAAGUAUAGAGUUCUAAUAGAGAAUAUUAUUAAAAGGCAGAUAAACUUACCAAGUAUAUGUACAUAUGAAUAUAUUUUUAUAAGCGAAAAAUAUCUAGGCAUUCAAUUCAAAACGAAGUAUUUUCACCAAGUUUACACAAGUUUCGGGACGGCGUCAGAGCCGACAAACCCCACGUGCUAUCGACGAGUAUCGUAAACUUACAACGCAGCAAACGAAACGACGAAAUCUUCAGAGUAAUUGAAAUAAUCGAGUUAAUUUGUUUCGUCGAUUGAUUUUCUAUUUUCGUUGACCAAGUGUUUUUCUAUUGUUAAAUUAUCUCGUCUAAUUGUUGAGAGACAAACUCGAAAAGAUUCCUUGUGAAUUGUGUAAUUAAUGUAAUAUAGUGAAAGAGAAAAGUAUCUACCGACGCUUUGCUUCUGUUUUUGCUCAUUCUCCACAUUGUCGGAUGAGAUCAGGUCCAUUUUCCCUCAAGAAAACUAGUGAUAAAUAGUAAUAGAAGUCGGUAGUGGGAAAUUCAGUAAGGAAGCCCCCAAAACCUCUUAAAAGACUGGAACCAAGAAAUUUUAUUCCAAUGAAAUCAAUUGAAUAUCACUUUGUAAGGAACAUGUAAGUAAAUUAAAAGUGUUCUACGCUUGACGCGCGGAUAUAUUUAUUUUUAUCGUAGAAUUUUUCAAUUUUGUAUUUCUUAUUUUGUUGUCGCCAACAUCACGUUAAUGUCAUAUUUCGAGAGACUAUCGCAAUCAAGAGCUACCUUUCUUGCUUUCAUUUCUUGAUGGAUUACAAGCGAACUUCAAUAUUUUGUAGCAAAAAAUAGGUACUGCAUGCAGAGUUAAGAAGAGAACUAACAAAACCCAUUCAUAUUCAUUUUGUAUAUUUAUAAGAGAAUAUUUACCAUAUAUAAUAUUUUUUCUUUGUUUAUGCAAACUUAUUAGAACUUUAAAACCAACAAAGUAAUAAUCAAGUUUAAUGAUGGAUUUAAUGAGAUUCAAAUGGAAAGAUGUAAUCAAUCAGAUAUCGAUUAAAGUGAAAAUGGCAUUUAUGGCCUUGGCUUCAAAAGAUUCAUGUAAA